AGGGACAGGCGGGGCUAGUGCGUCUCAGCAGCUGAUCACACGCACCCGCACAGACACCGCACAUACUCCCUCGGUCCCAGCUCGCGCGCCCAGCCUUUUCCACCCAGGCGCGGCUGAGUGGGGGAGCCAGGGAGCAGAGCCCCCCGAGGUUGAGCAAGAGGUCAAGGAAGGCGCCUGGCAGAGGAAAAAAGCCGUAGAGCUCGAGUGUCUAACCUGGAAGUCGACCCUGCAAGCGCUUGCACCAACCUUGGCCGGCUAGGAGUCACCGAGCCCGGGCAUACUCAAGUCCCGCGCCCAAGUCACUGUGCGCUUGGCGCGCCAGCAUCCAUCCUCCGGGUGGAGGCGGCUAGGCACCCUCCGGAAGGUGCGGAGCUAGUUGGGGGGCUGGGGGACCUGCCUUGGAGGCGUUUGUGGUACCCCAGGAAAAAGUCGGGGGUGAGGAAAAAACAGCGGUGAGAGUCCAGAGUGAGGCCCGGCUAACCACUGGCACCCGCUGUGCCGCCUCCGGUCCGCAGCUGUUGGCGCUCGGCUCUGCGACUUGGCGUGUGACUCUGGCUCGCCCCUCCGUAUUAUGUCUGCACUCCGAAGGAAAUUUGGGGACGAUUACCAGGUAGUGACCACCUCGUCCAGUGGCUCGGGCUUGCAGCCCCAGGGGCCAGGCCAGGGCCCGCAACAGCAGCAGCUGAUCCCUAAGAAGAAGCGGCAGCGGUUCGUGGACAAGAACGGCCGAUGCAAUGUACAGCAUGGCAACCUGGGCAGCGAGACGAGUCGCUACCUCUCGGAUCUCUUCACCACCCUGGUGGACCUCAAGUGGCGCUGGAACCUCUUCAUCUUCAUCCUCACCUACACGGUGGCCUGGCUCUUCAUGGCGUCCAUGUGGUGGGUGAUCGCCUACUCCCGGGGCGACCUGAACAAAGCCCACGUCGGCAACUACACGCCCUGCGUGGCCAAUGUCUACAACUUUCCCUCCGCCUUCCUCUUCUUCAUCGAGACCGAGGCCACCAUCGGCUAUGGCUACCGCUACAUCACCGAUAAGUGUCCCGAGGGCAUCAUCCUCUUCCUCUUCCAGUCCAUCCUGGGCUCCAUCGUGGACGCCUUCCUCAUCGGUUGCAUGUUCAUCAAAAUGUCCCAGCCCAAGAAACGCGCCGAGACCCUCAUGUUCAGCGAGCACGCGGUCAUCUCCAUGCGAGACGGGAAACUCACGCUCAUGUUCCGGGUGGGCAACCUGCGCAACAGCCACAUGGUCUCCGCGCAGAUCCGCUGCAAGCUGCUCAAAUCUCGACAGACACCAGAGGGUGAGUUUCUACCCCUUGACCAACUCGAACUGGAUGUGGGCUUUAGUACGGGGGCAGAUCAACUUUUUCUUGUUUCUCCCCUCACGAUUUGCCACGUGAUUGAUGCCAAAAGCCCCUUUUAUGACCUAUCCCAGCGAAGCAUGCAAAGUGAACAGUUUGAGAUCGUCGUCAUCCUGGAAGGCAUUGUGGAAACAACUGGGAUGACUUGUCAAGCUCGAACAUCAUAUACUGAAGAUGAAGUUCUUUGGGGUCAUCGUUUUUUUCCUGUAAUUUCCUUAGAAGAAGGAUUCUUUAAAGUUGACUAUUCCCAGUUCCAUGCAACAUUCGAAGUACCUACCCCACCUUAUAGUGUAAAGGAACAGGAGGAAAUGCUUCUUAUGUCAUCCCCUUUAAUAGCACCAGCCAUAACUAACAGCAAAGAAAGACAUAAUUCUGUAGAAUGCUUAGAUGGAUUAGAUGACAUCAGUACAAAACUUCCAUCUAAGCUGCAGAAAAUUACUGGAAGAGAAGACUUUCCAAAGAAACUCUUGAGGAUGAGUUCAACAACUUCAGAAAAAGCCUAUAGCUUGGGAGAUUUGCCCAUGAAACUUCAACGAAUAAGUUCAGUUCCUGGCAACUCAGAGGAAAAACUGGUUUCGAAAACCUCCAAAAUGUUAUCUGACCCUAUGAGUCAGUCAGUGGCUGAUUUGCCACCAAAGCUUCAAAAAAUGGCUGGAGGAGCAGCCAGGAUGGAAGGAAAUCUUCCAGCAAAAUUAAGAAAAAUGAACUCUGAUCGAUUCACAUAACAGAACAAUCCCUUAGGCAUUAUUUACUGUUUGAUUUAGUCAUAGACUAAUAUCUAGCUAUUGAAGUGAUCUUCUGUAAGGAAUCUCAGAGGUACAUUUUACUACCAGUCAUACGUGCGUAUUUGAGAAUUUUCUUCCAAAUACUGCUAUAUUCAGAAAGCAAAAGUUGUGAAGGGAGGACAUUCUACAGUUCUUAUUAAUGGGCAUGUAUUAUCACAUCAAGCAUGCAAUAAUGUUCAUAUUUUGCAUUUAGUUUUAUGGCAUGAUUUAUAUAUGAUAUAUUUAUAUUGUAAAUUCUGAAAAAAUAUAUAUAUUUAAAGGAGUGGUAUUCUCCAUUACAUUUCUAACAUAUGUAUUAAGCCAAACAUGAGUGGAUAGCUUUCAGGGUGAUAAAAUUAUAUAUUUAUGUAUAUAUACAUAAAAACAGCUAUAUGUAUAUAUAUUGAGACACAUACACACUUACAUAUAUAUCUGAUAAAAUUGUGGUGUUUUGUUUAAAGUUGUAGUUUUGUGCAUGUUUAU